AGCGUCCCUCGCGUUCUGACUACUAACCUUGAAGCGGCAAGGCAUUUUAGAUACUCUCAGGAUUAGCUGCUUUUUUGGUUCCUUCCUAACUUUCUGAGUUCGCUCUUCCUAAUGGGCCACUCACCCAACCAAAUUCUCCCCUCUCACUUACCAUUUUCUACUGCAGAUACAGGCACUCUCUCCCUUCUCCCCUCACAACUCUUCUCGAAUUCAUGUAUUCUCGUCAUUACAAAUAGGAUACCUCAACAACUCUAUUAUCCAUCCUUUCCCCCCCCCAUUCGAUUAUCAUACAAUAACGCGUAAACAUUCCAAAGCGCAAACUCGGUUGAAUCGUCUUUGUCCUUUCGAGACCAUCUUUUCCAAAAGGCCCUGUCUCUUCGUACCCAUCGCCUCCACUCUGGACUUGAAAACCCUUUCAUUUGGGAACACGGUUUCAAUUGCAGAACUUACAUUUCCAUACACGAGACUCGCAGACAUCAUCUUCCAACAGGAUAUCCCUUUCAACCGCACCCACCACCGUCGAUCUACCCUUCCCUCUCGACUCACGCUUUCUCUUGAUCGGCCCUCACAUUGUUGGCGUACGUGGAAGGAAGCCAAGAAGACUCACAUGUUUAAUUCGAUAGCUGAUGAAAGAGAUCAUCAGAAUUGAGUGUCGUUUUCGCUCUGCGAUAAUUAAUUGCUUCGAGUCGUGGCCGUCUUCGUCAUGCGACUCAGGUCUUGGAAUCAGUGAACGCACCUUGAUCCUCUCACUCGAAUAGCCACCCAACGGCUCCUAGAUUAUGACAGAAAGGUCCCUAUCAAUCUCGACGCAGAAUGCGACCCAGACUAAGACUGUCUUCCUCACGUCUGUUGAGGCCCUUACCCACGACAUUCAACCCGCUACCGAGUUGGCGGACGAAGAUUACACCAUCAAAUGCAUCUGCAACAAUUGUGAAGACGAUGGAAACACGAUAUAUUGCGAGGAUUGCUCAACGUGGCAGCAUAUCGAUUGCUAUUACGACCGCUCUGUAGAUGUGUUGAGGCCAGACUUCGCUCAUUCUUGUGUUGAUUGCUCACCACGAGAUCUCGGUCCACAUGCGAACGAAAGGUCGCAAUAUCGACAGAGUAAACCUACCCAUGAUACCAAUGACAAGAAAAAUAGAAGGCCGGCAGCAAAAAGUCACAAGAAGAAGACGGUAAAGCCCUCUGAAAAUCAUGGUUUCAAUGACCAAGAAGGCCACGAGAAUGCCGGCUCUCUUGUCGCUCAUACACACAAAAGAGCGAAAGGCCAUCGGUCGCAUCAUUCCGUCAGCUCUCAAGCUACCAAACGAAAUAACAAUCAUCCUCCAAGCCCUAACCACACAGCAGCAAACCUGCCAGAUAAUUUCGAAAUUCAUUCCCUCUCCGUUAUUUUCCACUCGCUAUAUGAUGUUGAAUCCCAAGAAAUUAAUACGAAUACUUUAGUCGAUCUAUCCGUCACGAGCAAAUUAGCUUUGUGGAUCAAAGAGGGUAAGCUGUUCGAAGAAGACGUCGGGAAAAAAUUCGAUGAUGUUGUUCAAAAAACUGAGAUGCGACUUGAUCCGCACCAAUUUCCAAAGUUGCACGUUGAUGUCAAGACCGCUCACAUUAACAAUACGAAUGUCCAAUGGAAAUCUCUUGUCACGACAACGAAAACCCCGGCGAACAAACCAAUUGGAGAGAUGAAUGGCCAUGUCGGUUUUCAAUCUGACUAUCAUAAGAACCCAGACAACGGGUGGGAAGAGUGUCCUCAUCCACGCCCUCUUACCUUUUUCAUCCCCGGAUUGCCUUUGUACAUUGAUACAAGAAAGGGAGGAUCCCAGUGCCGAUAUAUUCGACGAAGCUGUAGGGCGAACGCAAACUUAGAAACAUACAUUGUUGCCAAUACAAGCGAAUAUCAUUUUUACUUGACCCUCGACAGCGCACUGGCUCCAAACGAGCAGAUUACCUUGCCUUGGGACUUCAAAUUCGUUGACAAGUCGAGACUAGACCGUGCCCUACAUCUUGAUGGCGAUGACGAUGAUAGGCUACCUGACAUUACUGAAGCCGAAUACCAAAGCGUGUCGCAUUCGAUCAACCUGGUGUUGUCGGAUCACGGAGGUUGUGCUUGUAAUGCCGGUAAAGAUUGCGCCUUUGCAAGAUUUCACCGUGAUUACUACGGCAGGGUGCAUGGCCAACAGCAACAGCCAUCCAAUGGUGCAAAUGGGGUGAAAUCAAAGAAGGGUCGCAAGCCCAAGCAGCACGUCUCUCCUACAAGUACAGGCCACGCCACCAAUAGUCGAGCUGCCAGCGAAGGUCAGCCAGAGACAAAUGACGACGAUGAUAGCCGCUCUAUUUCUGGCUCCGGGCGUAGCAAACCUCACAGUCGUGAUCCCACACCAAUACAUGGCCCUGAAGCCGAUGCAGUUUUGACAGAGACGAAGCGAGAGAAAAGAAAGCUGUUAUUGUUAGAAGAAAAAUUUAAACAAUUGGAACAGGAACAGGAACCACCACGAAAAAAGAAGAGGCCAUCGGAUGGCUCGAAUGUGAAUUCCCCAGUGACUGCUACCGCAUCACAGACAAACCCCAAACCCCGACAAAAAUCAGUCGCAUCACGAGCUACCGUUUCACACUCGGCUCACGCAAAAUCUAAUGGAUCCCGAUCUCGUCAGUAUGUCGACGCCAGCACAUCGCGUCGGCAAUCGGGUUCACCUCUCAGCGCGACAUCUUCAAAAGUUGUAGCCUCUCCGAAACCCGUUCGAUCUCGCGAUGAUUCGAGUGGCUCUCGAUCAGAUGAAUCAGAGGGCUUCCGAUCACGCCAAAAUUCAAUAAUCCCGAAUGUUGUGUAUGCAGACUCAUCAACACAAACAAGUCCGGACAAAGAUGCGUGGUACGAGCAGAAAGCAAAGCUGAUACCAAAGAGACCUGUCUUGCCACUUUCGAGGCGUUUGCUUAUGAAAAAACUCAAAGUACAGGAAAAGGCGCAGGAGUUGUUUAAGAAUGAGGAGCGGCAGCGGACGAAUGUUGCUGCAGGUCUGAUGAACGGAGGUCUCCAAAAUCUCUCUUCGCCUACAAUGGCAAUGGAUAUUGACUCGCCAAUCCAGGAAGAUCGAUCAAUUACUCAGUCACCUACUGACACUAGGGUUCGACACGCUAGUAUUUCUUCGUCGACUCCGUCGGCUGACUUGAUGUCCAAUCCUGGCGAUUAUCAUACAGAUGGACCGACAUUCGUCACCGGGCAAACAAUGAAACCUCCUUCCUGGACUGGACAAUCCACCAAUGGAUAUUCACACAAAUCACCUGAACUGCACGUACGAAUGCCUCCAACACAAACAUUUAUAUCACCUAACCUCUCCGGAACUCCAGGAACACUCACACCAGCUUCCGCAGUACCCUCAUCAGCGAUCUCGCCAUAUGGCACAACUCAAUUUUCAUCAUACCCUUCUGCAAAUGCUGUCAAUCCAAGCCCUGCCAGGAAAAAAAUGUCAAUUAAAGAUUAUACCGCUCGACAUAAGAACCAAAACGCCAAUGGCUCAGGUGGGCGCAAGGCUUCUGUAGGAAGCAGUCCUACGAUAUUACCAGUAGUUCCCAAGUCAACACUUUCGACUAUUGACGAAAUCAAUUCUAUAGGGGCUCUUCUUGACAGAAAAACCGUGGCAGUUGAUGGAGACAAGAAAGUCGACCACGAUCUUGUUGAUUCGCUCAAGCUUUCACCAUCCCCCAAAAAUAUGCCCCCUCAACACUCGAAUGGCGCAUUGUAACAUACAGUUUAGAUAUCGCUCCACGCGUGUUUUAUUGCCUCAUCUGUCCUUCUAAUCCGGCGUGAGGUUUCGGCUGAUGAAAAUUUGGGACCGGUGGAUGGUAUCAUUUGGUUUGGGUUCAAAAUGGGAUCGGGAUUAUGAUCUUUUUAUAAGGUUCAGGGGCGUAGCUGGCGUAAUACACUGGGGUGGAGUCUUAGAAGUUUUAAUUGCUUCGAUUAUUCAAUUCUUUCUUUUUGUUCUACAUCUUGAUCACAGUUGAUCAUUACUUUUGUUUUUUUCGGAAAACUGGACUCUUUUUCUUUUUGCAUCAGGCAAUGGCAAAACAAAAUA